UUUUUUUUUUUUUUGUUCUUUUUUGAUUCUUCUCUUCACCUUAGUCUAUUGGGGACAAGAAAGCGUCAACCAUUUCAAGAUAUAUCAUUAGAUGAGUCAUCUAUUGCACAAUAAACGAACUCCAGACUCAAUGAAUAAUACUUCGGGGUCAGCCGCCAAUGGGACUCAUUCCAACAAACAAGCUGCUAAACUUAUCGGUAAACAACCGCUUGAUUCAUCCAGUAGUAUUUCUGAUAGUCAGGCAAUCAAUUCCAAACAGUUGCUUAAUGCUUACGUUUAUGAUUUUUUAAUCAAGAGUAAAUUGCCGCAAACGGCAAAGAUAUUUGUUAAUGAAGCAGAAAUUCCUUCAAUACCUUCUCAUCUUUCUCCAAAUAAUAGUGGGGGUGGUGGUUCGAAUUCAAAUAGCCCUCAUUCCACUAGAAACUCUCCUCAAGUUAAUAACAUCUCAAAUCCUUCUACUCCCAAUCCCAAUCUUCCCAAAGACCAUAAUUUACCCAAUUUAUCGGUUGCAAUCGAUGCUCCUCAAGGGUUCUUAUUUGAAUGGUGGGAAAUUUUUUGGGAUGUUUUCCAAGCCAAAAAUAAUCAUUCCAAUAAAUUACCUCUGUCAACUAGCGCAAGCUCCAAUGCUUUGGAGUAUUACCAAUUACAAUUAAUGAAACAAAGACAACAUCAAGAUUUAUCCGGUAUGAAUGUCCAACCAAAUAUCUUGGGUAUACCCCCCAGUUUCCAACGUAAUCAAUUAAAUCUUCCUAAUUUCCCUUUACAAAAUCAACAGAAACUUCAACAAGUGCCUCCUUCUUUUCCCGCCGGCCAACCUCCUCAUCCUCAACCCCCUCAACAACAACCAUUACUUCAACCACAACAAUCCUUUCAACAAAAUAUAAUCCAAAAUCCAAACGCCACUGCUCCCAACUCAAAUCCUCCCUCUGCUCAAAGAACUCCCAACCCUAGCUUUCCUAAUAAUCCGGAAAAUGGUGCCAUCCACACUCCAAGUAUCCCAAAUCAACAACAACCUCCUCACCAACAACCUCCUCACCAACAACAAUCAAAUACUGGACCUGCUGGGCCUGCUGGGCCUGCCGGUCCUACUGGUCCUAAUUCUGGUCCUAAUACUGGCCCCAAUGCUGGUCCUACUGGCUCCACGGGCCCUGUUGGUCCUGCUGGUCCGGUGGGGCCUAACGCCAAUGGUGCCAAUGCCGGACCUAAUGCAAAUGGUCCUUUCCCGCAAUUUAAUCAGCAAACAUUCGCUUCUCAACAACAACAACAGCAGUUCAUGAUGCAAAUGCUCAUGAAACAACAACAAUUACCAAUGGAUCCAAAUAACCCCCAAUCAAUUCCUCAGGGCCAAAUGAAUCCAAACUUGAACUUAAAUUUACAACAACAAUUUUUCUUACAACAACAACAAAGAGCUCAGCAGGGUCAACAAGGUCAACAAAAUCAACAAGGUCAACAACAAAAUCAACAAGGUCAACAACCCCAUAACAGAAUUCAACAACACGCUCAAACUCAAAUGCAUAAUUUACGUCAACAAGCCGCCGCACAAUAUGCUCAACAACAAUUUGAUGGUAAUGACAGAAUGAAUCAACCUCCUUUACAACAACAACCCCAACAGCAAAAUCGUCAGCAAGGAUUACAAACCCCUCUUCAACAACAACAACAACCAAGACCAAACGUGCCCAAUGGUACCCCAUUAUACCGUAAUGCACCAACGCCAAAUGGUAGCCAAACUCCUUUCUCUCAACCUCAACCUCAACCAAUGGCAACUCAGCAACAACAAAGGGGUAAAAUGGGAAGUGUAAGUGGUAGUAGAAAACCAAGUAAAACUCAACCAUCUCCAAGUAUAACAAAUGCUAGUAUACCAGGUCCACCAGUGUCAACUACAAAUGGUAACGCUCCACCAGGAAGAAAUUUGAAUGCUUUGCAAGAUUAUCAAAUGCAAUUAAUGUUACUCGAAAAACAAAAUAAAAAACGUUUGGAUAUUGCAAGACGCGAUAGUGGGAGUGAUGUUAAUAUUCAACAACCUCAACCUCCUCAACCUCCUCUUCCUCCUCAAGUUCAACAACAACAACAACAACCUUCAGGUAGUGCUCAAACAACCCCAGCAAUGCCAUCUAAACCAUCUCCUGCUCCAUCUCCUAUCAUAAGUAAUAAAUCAUCUCCAGGAGGUAGGAAAAAGAAGGAAACUGCUUCUAAAAGAGGUCGUAAGCCAAGUAACGCAAGUACCACUAAUAAUCAAACUCCCAUUUCAAAUCCAAGUCAGUCAAGCAUUUCUGGUAAUUCAAUGCUAAAGAAAGAAAAUAAUACUCCUUUAACUCCUGCACUGGAAAAUGAUAAUAAUGGUAAUUUGGCUGCUAAAAGAAAAAGAAAAAAUAAUACUGGUAAAGAUUCUCCUAAAAAACAAGCAAUUGCUAAAACUCCUUCCAAUUUCGUAGCCCCACCUCCAACUAAUAAUACUCCUAUCGACAAUAAUAAAUCUAAGAAAAAGAAGACUGGUAAAGAAACUCCAAAAUUGAAAAAUGAAGAAGACCCUACUUUAAGUGCUGGCUCAACAGAUCAUGGAAUUAAUUUACCUAGCUCUUCGGAAAAUAGUAAUAUGCCACCACCUUCUUCUGCUCUCAAUUUUCAAACUACUGUUAGUCAAAAUGAUCAAAUGUUCCCCGAUAUUUUAGGUUCUGGUGCUCCAAGUGACACUCAGGUAUUUUUCGGAGCAGGAGGUAAUUCAAAUGGUAGUUUAGACGAUAUGGACUUUGAUUUUAAUUCAUUCUUAGAAAGUACAGGCGAAUCCAAAAAGGAUGGAAUUGGUGCUUUCAAUUGGGGUAGCGUUGAUGCUAUCGAAGGUGGUGAAUAAACUCUUUAAGAUCAACUUUUUUUCCUCAUUCAAAACAAAAUUCUAUUGCAUUCAUAUGAUUUGAUUUUUAUCUUAAUUUUUAAC